AUGAAGACGUCCGCCUUUGCAAUCUGCUCCUCCUCCAACGCCUUGAACCUCUUCGCCCUCGUCAAGCAGUACCACCCUGACAAGCACGCCUCAAACCCUCUCGACGCCUUGCCCGCAGCCACUCGUCUAGAACGCUACCGCCUCGUCGUCCUCGCAAAUGACAUCCUCUCUAGUCCAGACAGACGCCGCGCCUACGACUCGUGGGGCGCGGGCUGGCAUCUACCCGGCACCGGCGCGGACGACACCCGUGAUAUUCACGAGAUGUACCGUGAAGCCGACCGCAGAUGGCGCCACAGCCCGAAUAACCCGGGCAUGAAUGCCACCUGGGAAGACUGGGAGAAAUGGCACGACAGAAAUGAGGGCAAGGAAAAGCAGCAGCCCCUGUACAUGUCCAAUGCAAGUUUCGCGGCCCUGGUGCUGGCAGCGCUGGCGGUCGGGACGGUAGCGCAGACGACUCGCAUGGAUAAUCACUCUGCGGUCUUUCUUGAAAAGAGGGCGCUACACGAGGCGAAUAUUAGUGAGGGCUUGAGGAGGCAGAACGCCGCGGUGGCUGGCAAGGGGCGAGAGGAGAGGAUCGAGAGGUUCCUGCGGGAGAGAGAGAACAUUAAUUACGGAUUCGCACCGGAGACGAUUGGCGGGAGGCCUAGCCCUGGUACGAAGUAG